AUGCUCUUCUCGCUGCGGGAGCUGGUUCAGUGGCUGGGCUUCACCACCUUUGAGAUCUUCCUGCACUUGUUGGCCCUUUUGGUGUUCUCUGUGCUACUGGCACUCCACAUGGAUGGCCUGGCCCCUGGCCUUUCCUGGUGGAAUGUGUUCGUGACCUUCUUUGCUGUGGAUGGGCUCAGCACCUUCGUGUCUCUGUGUCUCUUCCAAGACGGGGAGAAGCGGCUGGCUGUGCUGCAUCUCUUCUGGGUCCUCACAGUUCUUAGCCUCAAGUUUGUUUUUGAGAUGCUGCUGUGCCAGAAGCUGGUAGAGCAAACUCGAGAGCUCUGGUUUGGCCAGAUCACAUCCCCAGUUUUCAUUCUUCUGCAGCUGCACCUGAUCCGUGCCUUUCAGGUCAACUAGCCUCGGGCAGGAACCAGGGAACAAGCAUUGCACAGCUGGAGUACUAGUCCUGGACCUGAGGCCCUGCUUGAGCUACACCGGAAGAGAGGUUUUGGUCUCAAGGCAGAGCUUGCUUGCGCCUGUCUGAAUACCCAG